CUGCUGUAGUUACCGGGCUCAUCAGCAGCAAGAGGAGAACGUCGGCUACCAAACUGUGGUGAAAGACUCGAUUAAGGAUUUAUUCCUCGGAGACAUGCAGGCCGACAAGGAGAACCUUAGACCAAGCGCACUUUCUGCCAAAACGCAGAAAAGGGAAUAUGUGCGCAUUGUCAAAACCCAGACUUACCUGGGCUUGAUCGCUAGCGUCAUUCAGCAGUCUCCAACGAGAAGACUGACAUUUUUUCAAGUAAAAUACACCUCUGUAAAAUAUAAUGAAGACUCUAAAAGGGUUCGUUUUGGGACAAGAGAAAAAACUGGAAAAUUGCGUUACUUUGACGUUACUUUGACGUCCAACAAGUGCUUUGUAAAGGUCCCCGUCAAUCCGGAGAACCCCAAGGGAAAGAAAAGCUUUUGGGAGUUUGACGAAACUCGCAUCACCCCAGUACUAUUCCGACGUCACUUUAAGGGCUUGGAGGGCACCUUCGCGCAUCUGGCUCAGAGAAUGAGCAGAGGAGCGAAGGAAAACUCUCCGUCUUCGGCCACUCCAAGCGCUGCCAAGCAGCCGAAUACAAAAUUUACCGGCUCCUUUUCAAUCGAAUCCAUCUUAAACGAGAAAAGAUCUUCCCAGUCGAUUGAGAGAUGGUGCCCUUUGCCGGGAAGUUUGGAAGUGGUCCGAGGAGGAGCUACAGGGAACAUCGACAGGGAUGAACAGGUGUUUGGCUUCAGUGAAACCGUCGUGAAUUUCCGAGGACGCACGCCGAUGGAAACUGAGCCUAGUGAUCCGUUUUCCACCAGCGGGCAAGAAAGGCAUGGGAUCGACUGUAUGUACGCAAGAUCGGGUUUUACACUGCUACAAGACGACCCUUAUGAAUGGAUAUGCUCAUCUACUUACCUCCCUUCCCACACCUUUCCACCUACUUUAACAAUCAAUAUGAUGAGACCCGGUACUGCUUUGGACUUCAGCAACCAGUUGAGUUACCCUCUGGGCCUGUACAGUUCUGAGACACAAUGGGGUCCUCAACACGUUUGGGUCGACCGCGAAUAUGACGGACUAACGUUUGCAAGCCGCUUGACUCAUGAAAGCUAACGCUUGUGUUUGGUAGCGUCCGCAUCUUUUUAAU